UCUCUGCAACAAUGGAAAUUCAAUCAGGAAAUGGAGAGGAGGUGGCGAGGGCGACCUCGGGCUUCGUUUCCCGUCGUCCCUCCGGGCCGCAGGUAGAGGCAUCAGACGAUCCGGUGCUCAGAGAGGACCUGCAGGCUGCCAAGAGGAUUGAGAGGUUUGACAUCCCACUUGAUAGCCUGAAGAGGAUGUUUGAGAAGCCGGCUGCAGAGAACACAGAAGUUGCAGCCGUCCACGCCUUCCCAGCCAAAAGAGUGACGUCCAGCAGCCUGGCUCAGACCGACCCGUCAGCAGAUCGGACCAUGGCCUCACCUCAGGAUGCCACUCUCUCUGCAGGCAGCGCUGCCGCAUCCAGGUCCGGACGUCCCGAGGACAGGGCCCCGAGCGCCGAGGACCAGGAGGCCGAGCCGGUGUCGGUGAAGGAGCGGCUGGCGAUGUAUCAGGCCGCCGUGUCCAAGAAGGAAGGCGGCAGCUCCUCGUCUGCCGCGGUGAUGGAUGAGUCGGAGGCCUGCUCGCUGCCUGGUGGUCUGGCCAGUGUGAAGAAGCAGUUUGAGAGCCAGGAGUUCACCUCCACCUCGUCCCAGUCCAGCGUCACCCAGUUUCACUUCCAGCAGAGAUCAGUCCAGGAGAUGUCGAGCUCCUCGGAGGUGACGGUGAGGAGCAGUGCCAGAGAGCUCGCCCCCUCCACAGCCUUCACUGAGCACGAGGUGAUCCAUGAUCAGAGAGUCCACCAUAACAAUGUGGCUGCCAGUUAUGGGAACCAUUACAAUGAAACAGUUAUGCUUGUCGGCGGAGAGGACCUACCAAAGGUUUCCACUCAGGCUUUGAAGCAGCAGUAUGAAAAAACGAUUGAGGAAGCUGCACCCGCCAAGGAAAUUAAGGUUGAUGUGGAUUUCAACCAGUUUCAGUGGGCGCCUGUGAACCAGUCCUCCAAAAUGUCAGCUUUCACGAGCUAUGACGCUUCGUCCACGGUAAAGACAGCCACUGCUUCAUCUGUAGCAUCUGCGUCAUCAGUGGCUUAUGAGGCGGCAGAACAUUUCCCUCCCCCACCUUCUAACCUGCAGCUAUCACACCAAGUCCUUGAGCACAGUGGCUCUUCCCAGCCUCAGGAGCAAGCCUCCCAGCAGAAGCACACCAUCACUAAGGAGCAGUACUUCAAGCACAAGAGUCUGGCCGAGUUAAAGCGUCUCUACAAGCACAUACAUCCAGAGGUACGCAAGAACCUCGAAGCAGAGUUCCUGAGUCAGCUGAGCGACGCAGAAAGGGCAGAGUUGGAGAGCAAGGAGUUGGUGGGAGACGUCCAGCAGGCGUGUUAUAUGUUUGAGAAUGACGGCAACAGCUCGAGUAGGUGUUCGAGCCCCGACAGGGAGUACCUGGAGUGGGACGAGAUCCUUAAAGGGGAAGUGCAGUCCAUGAGGUGGAUGUUUGAAAACAAGCCCCUGGAUACGAUUAAAGACGACACCCCAGACGAGAGCGAGGAGAGGAACAACAUCUCCCAGCAGGAAAUCAUCGCAGGGAAAGAUGUCCGAUACACAGCUUGGAUGUUUGAGACGCAGCCCAUGGAUGCUCUGGGCACAGAGACUCCUGAUACGACCGAGCAGUCGCAAAAACAGGCGGAUCUGGCGAGAGGAGACGUCCGCACUGCGACGUGGCUGUUUGAAACUCAGCCGCUUGAUUAUCUGAAUAAGAUCUACCAAGAAGACGAGCAAGAAGUGGACGUUGUUAUCAGCAAAGACAUCACCGGCGGAGACGUCAAAACCGCUCGGUAUCUGUUCGAGACCCAGCAUCUGGAUUCUCUGGGCAAAACAGAAACCAUCGAGGAGAGUCACUUCCUGAGCCUGAAGUCUGAGCUGGAGGAGAUCAAGGGAGAUGUGAAGACCACAACUCGCUUGUUUGAGAUGCAGCCCAUGUGUGUGAUCAGGGGAGAUUCAGGAGAGAUGCUGGAGAUCACCACCAUCAGCAGGGAGGAGACGGAGAAGGGAGACGUCAAGACAUCACGCUGGAUGUUCGAAACCCAGCCUCUGGACAUGAUCAACAAAGACCCUGCCAAAGUGAAGCUGAUAUGUGGCAUCUCCAUGGAGGACAACGUUCAAGGCGGCGUGAACAAAGGUCGCUGGCUGUUUGAGACGAAGAGUCUGGACACCAUUAAGGAUGAGGAGUGGGACAGUUCCAGGAGGCAAAAGGAAGAAAUAAUCGGAGCUGAUGUGAGACAGCACUGUCUUGUUUUCGAGACUCAGCCUAUGGAUACUCUGAAGGAUAACGCCAAUGCUCGGCCUUUAGCCUCCGAGGAGAUUGUAGGAGGUGAUGUUCAAUCAGCCAAAUAUCUGUUUGAAACGGUGCCCAUGGAAAAUCUGAAAGAGCUGCUGGAAGUGGGAAAACUGAAGAAAAUGGUUGCAUCUGAAGAAGAAAAGGGUGACGUGAGGCAUCAGAAGUGGGUCUUUGAAAGCCAGCCUCUGGAGAAUAUAAGAGAGGAGAAGAAGGAGAUGACAAGAACUGUGAACAUCGAGGCCCUCGACAAAGGAGAUGUGACAAACUAUAAAGAAAGGUUUGAAAGUAUGGAUUUAAGUAAAUGCGAAGGAACACAGAGAAUCCAAGUCGAAGGCGUCACCAGCGGCUCUGUCAUGUCCAACAGAGUUCUGUUUGAAUCGGCCCCGAUGUACGCCAUGCAGGACAGCUCCGGCCAUUACCACGAGGUGAAGACGGUGAGGCGUGAGGAGAUCGUGAAGGGAGAUGUGCGCAGCUGCAGAUGGAUGUUUGAAACGCGUCCCAUUGAUGAGUUUGACGAGAGCAUCAAUAAGUUCCAGAUCAUUAAAGGCAUCUCCAAGCAGGAGAUCGAGUCAGGCGACGUGAAAACAGCAAAGUGGCUGUUUGAGACGCAACCACUGGACGGCAUCAAAUUCUUCAGUAGUUAUGAGGACGAGGAACAUAAAACUAAGGAAGGUAUUGAAGUUGAGAAAGGCGACGUGAAGACGUGUCGGUGGCUGUUUGAGACUCAGCCGAUGGAUGUUCUGUAUGAAAAGGUGGAAAAGAGCGAAGCAGACGUUGAAGAAGUUCAAAAAGGUGACGUGAAGACGUGCACUUGGCUUUUUGAGACUCAGACUCUGGACAACAUCCGCGACCAUUCAGAGGCGGAGACCAUUCUGAAAACCUGCACCGUGAAGCAGGAGGACAUUCAAGGGAAAGACGUACGUCUGGCUCGCUUCCUCUUUGAAACGGAGAAUCUGGAAAACAUCACCGGUGAGGACAGCGGCUCUUUCAGGAGGGUCACAGAAAUCGACAUCCAGUCGGGAGACGUCUCCAGGAUGAAGUACAUCUUCGAGAAUCGCUCCUCUGACAUUAUGAGCUCCACCUCCGAGGAGAUGAUGCAGAAGCUGAAGACGCAGCAGGCCGAGGACAUCCAGAGGGGAAACGUGGUCAACUGUACCUGGAUGUUUGAGAACCAGCCCAUGGAUGCUAUCAGAGAGGAUACGGCAGAAGUGAGGGGAGUUCGCACUGUGACCGAUGUUCAGGGGGGAGACGUUGACAAAAGCCGCUUUAUAUUUGAGACGUACUCUCUUGAUCAAAUUAAAGAAGAGUCCACUGAGGCGGACAUUUCAAGACUCACCAGUAUCUUUAGAGAGGACACUGAGAGGGGGGAUGUGAAAAACUACACCAUGAUGUUUGAAACUCAGCCGCUGUACGCCAUCCGUGACAAGGAGGGUCAUUAUCAUGAAGUAACCACGGUUACCAAGGAAGAGAUCAUGAGAGGAGACGUGGUCGGAGCGCGAUGGCUGUUUGAGACAAAACCUCUGGAUUCAAUUAGAGACUCAGAGGAGGUGUACGUCAUUAAAGCUGUGACUGAAGAAGGUGUCAACAAAGGAGACGUUAGCUCUGCCAGGUGGAGGUUUGAAACACAACCUCUGGAUGAAAUCACACAGGAGAUUAAAGUCAGGUCAAAGACAGUUGCAGAUAUCCAAGGCGGCGACGUGAAGACAAACAAACAGCGAUUUGAGACGGAUGAACUGUCGCAGAAGUACAUCAGGACCGUUAGCGUGAGUGAAAUCCAGAAAGGCGACGUCAGAUCUGCCACGUGGAUGUUUGAAACCCGCACAAUCGAUGAGAUCCACGGCGAUGGAGCCGAGUACGAUGGCAUGGAGAAAGUGACAAAAGAGGAAGUAAUGAAAGGGGAUGUCACGCAGUCUGUGUGGCUCUUUGAGAAGCAGCCCCUCGACAGCAUCAAAGAGAGUGACGGCACAGAGCUGGUUGUGACAAAGGAAGAAAUCCCACAGGCCGACGUGAAGACGACAACAUGGCUAUUUGAAACCACUCCGUUUCACGAGUUCAACGAGAGCAGCGUGGAGAAGACGGAAAUAUUAGGAAAGAGCAUCAAAGAGACGCUGGAGGAGCUGUACUGUCAGAAAAUGGUGGACUCACAGGGCAUUCUCAUCGAGACGGACGAGAUCGGUGACGUCCGCAUGGCAAAGUAUAAACUCAUGAACCAAGAGGCUCCACAGAUCCAGAAAGAAGAGGUCAUCAGAGGGGAUCUGAGCAACAUAAUGAUGAACCUUCUGAACCGAAGAGAGACCACCGAAAGGGCCAUAACGAUUGAUGAGGAGGAGCGGGGCAACAUCAACACCACGGUGCAGCAGCUCUUCAGCCAGGAAAAGGGAAUCAGUGUCGAGAAAGAGGAAAUUAUCUGCGGGGACAUUCAAGAGGCCAUGAACAACCUGCUUAAGAACGAGGGCUCCUCCAAGCGUGGCAUCCUUAUUCAGGAGGAUGAGAAAGGAGACGUGAGGAUGACUAUCUAUUCCCUCUUAAAUAAAGGCGAGAGAGCGAGCAUGGAGAGAGAAGAUAUCAUUCAAGGGAACGUCAGCAAAACGCUUCAUCGUCUGCUUUCUAACUCGGGUGGAGAGGAUUCUAAGAAGAUAAGGGUCGGAGACACAGAAAGGGGUAAUGUCAGCUUUUACUCGACGUGCAUCGAGUCUGGAGCUUUGGAUUACCUGAAGCAGCUUCAGUAUGAGCCCGAUGAAGACCAGGAAACCGUGCAAAAGGAGCGGAUCAUAGGCGGCGACAUCGAAGAGACCAAAAUCCUGCUGCGAAAGAAUCAGCAGCAGAUUGGUCGCACUGUGGCAGAGGUGGACAUACUUCCUGGUGAUGUGCACAGCAUUGUUAAAGUCUUUAUGACAGAGCCUGCUGUCACGUACAGAAACCUGGAGAAGAAGGACAUUGUUAAAGGUGACCUCAGCGCAGCCCUGGACUCACUGACCCAAGCCAUCAAUCAGAAGGUGGUGAUAGAGAAAGAGCAGGUGGUGAAAGGAGACAUACCGACCACUUUGAAGUCUUUAGAAGAGGCCCAGCAUCAAGCCAAAGAACUGGAAAAGCCUGAAAUUGUCAGAGGAGACAUCAGGGGGGCUCUCGAAUCGCUGGAAAAAUCAGCAUCCACCAAAACAGAAGUAACUGUUGAAGAUUUAGUGGCCGGUGACAUCAGAGGGACGCUGAAGUCACUGGAGGAGGCGAAGCAGGCUGUGAAGGAGGUGGAGAAGCAGGAGAUCGUCAAAGGAGACAUUCACACCGCCAUGCAAAGCUUACACGAAGCGUCGAGCGAGAAAAAGGUUUAUCAGCACCAAGUGAGUGAGCAGGGCGACGUCAGAGCCACCAUCCAGCUGCUGCUGGAGCCCACGACUUCUCCAAAGAUGCAGCGCAGAGGGAGCAUCGAAGGAGACGUGAAAACAUCCAUAAAAUGUCUUUAUGAAGGGCAGGAGGCGACGCAGGUGGAAAAGGAGGAGGUUGUAAAGGGCGACGUUCAAGGUGCAAUAAAGUGUCUAAUGCAAAGAAAACAGUAUUCAAAUCCCAAACGCAUGUAUCCGCCGAAGAAGGCGAAAGCGCCCGUGAAAAACCCAUUACCUGUAAAGCAAGUGGAGCAUGAAUGCUUACAUGAAGCCAAGAGUGAGAGUGUGUCAGACAAUCCAGCCCCCACUGUGAAAAACCUCUCUCAGAGCAGUGAGUCACAGAAGCACACACAGAGGCACCAGGAAAGCAAAUCGCUGAAAACACAGGUAAUAACCCAAGAGGACCACUCUGUUACUGUAGCCACAACAGACAAUCCAGCAGGGGCCUCUCAACACAAGAGCACAAAGGAACAGAAACAGAAAGUGCUGCCCCCACAGAAAAUCCAAGCUCCUAAGCCUGUUAUGAUAAAGAAUAAACAGAAGGUGAAUAAUGAUCAAACAGAGACGAAAGCCGCUGAUGUGACUGUGAUGAAAGAAGUGCAAAACACAUCACAGACGAAUGUUUCGAGCAAGCAAACGUGUGAGAUGAAGACAAUCAAACAGGUGCAGACGACGGUGACGGAGAAAACGGUGCAUAAGCAGAACGUAUCGGCGUCGGAGCACAUGUCGACGUCUCACAAGCAAACGGAGAAUAAAGCUCUCGCACAGAAGCAGAGCGUCAGGAAUAUGAAGAGCGAUCAGCGCAGCCUUGACAUGAGAGCCAAGGGCGUGAAUAAAAAGACAAAGCCGGAGAUUCACUUCCCGCCUCCUCCUUCCUCGCCGCCUCCGCCCUCGGAGUCUGAACUCUCCCUCCCUCCGCCGCCGUCUCCAGUGGCGGAGAACCCAACGUCCAGGCCGUCCAUCAUGAGGCAGGACAGUGACCUCCCACCACCUCCACCUCCACCGCCCGUGGAAUGCAUGAAGUCUGAGCCCGAGUUUUUCCCUCCUCCUCCACCUCCUCCGCCUCCAUCCAUGAGCGGACAAGACUUCCUGCCUCCACCUCCCUCCCAGCAGGAGCUCAACGCGAUGCCCCAGCCUCCCCCCAUGAAGCUGGGGAAGCCCAUUGGGAAGCCUUUGUUCAAGGUGCCCAAGCAGCCAGAACCGCAGAAGCAGCCCAUCCAAGUUAAACCCAAAUGGCAGAAAAAACAACCAACCCCUCCACCACCACCACCUCCUCCUCCACCAGCUCAGCUCCCUCCCGAUCAAAAAACAGUAACGUCAGCCGUCCACAAGGAAGCUAAAGUUCAGGAGGUGAAACAGGAAACGACCCAGCAGACUGAAACCAGCGUUCAGGUUAGUUCAACAGCAUCGGCACCGACGAAAAUCCCAAUCAUCCCGGUGGUAAAGCCCAAACAAAGCCCACAGCCGCCCAGAAAAGCCUUUGUCCCUCCCAUUAAACUGCCACCACCCCCAGAUCCUGCUCCAGCCGCGAAAUCUAGACCGUACGCCCGUAAAUUUAAAACCCCGCUCAUGCUGGCGGAGGAGCGGUACCGCCAACAAAAGCUGGAGAAGGAGGAAACAGAGAGGAGUAAUGUCACGACCCCCACCUCUCCACCAGGUCACUUCUCUGCUGCCAGCGUCCAGCUUUCUGAAACGGAGAGCGCUGAGAAAGAAGUGGCUGUGGAAGCGACAAAGGCAAAGACUAAAGAGGCUAAGACGCUUUCCAAAGAAGGAGCACUGGCACAAGACUCACCUGCCAAGAAAUCCCCUUCCCAGAUCCCUUUGAGCAAACCUACGAUCUCUGUGGAAAAUAAGAAAUCAUCCCACGGAUCUUCAAACGUGUCUCUGGAUAGAAAACACGUUUCCAACGAGCACUCGACAGAAAAAACCCUCACGUCUGCUGAUGUUGUCAGGAAGGGUCAAGGCGCACCCAAGACCCAGACGGCUUCUGUUUCGCAUCACGAGGCUUCACAUAGCGAAGUCCGGUCAUGCUCCAGCGUGGUCACUUCUUCAGUCACGGAGCAGCAGCAGUUUAUUAAGAAAUCCAGCAGCAGGUCUGUCGCCGUCCACGAGAAUGUAAAUCUUCAAAGCCAGGCUGCGGUCACAUUGAAAUCUGAAGAUGUAAAGAAUAUUAAUGUGCCUCUGACACAGGAGGGAAAAAUGAGUCCUUCUCAACCCACUAAAAUUCCAAAGGUAACGCCAAGCUUCAAGGUGAAAACCUUUAAAAUGCCAACCGAGAAGAAAGAGGAGACGUAUGACAGUUUGGGUCAGAAAGAAGCAGCGAAGAGUGAAACGCAGUCGCAGCAAGACAAAAGUCAUGUGUCGCAGAAACGUGGUGAAACACAAGCGAGCGUGGAGGUCAGCCAGCUGACGACGGUGAGAACUGAGACAGACGUGAAGGUGAAGGAGAAGAAAAGUCAGUCGGUCCCACCUGUGAAGGAAGCUGAAGUGGAGUUAAGCAUGAGGAAGGGGAAGCAGGCGCAAAAAGAAGUGAGUGAAGUGAAGCUGUCGCCAUCCGUUACUGUUUUAAUGCCGAAGGUGGCGAAGAUAACAUCUGCAGCAGCCCAUCAGGGACAAGGCCAUGUGUCUGUCUCCCAGUGUCAGCAGAGCGUGAAGGCGGAGAACGUUCAGCGGCACCAAGAGGUGGUGGUGACGGAGAGCGUGAUGCAGCAAAGCCUUCAGAGGCAAGAGCAGGUCCACACGCAGAAGCAGCAGAUGAAGCUCCAAGCAGCAGAGACAAACAAAAUGCAGAUGAAGGCAGGCAAGUCAAAAGUGGAGCCUCAGGAUGUGCUGGUGAAAGGGACGGGGAGGAUGACCCAUAAAGACGAGGCUCACCCACAACAGAUCACAGAUUCAGAGAAAUGCAGCGUAAUGCAGAAGCUGCUCGCUCAAAUGAAAGAGCUGGAGGGCACGCCGAGCAAAAUAGACUCCAACGCUGUCAGGAUGAUUAUAGGCGAAGUCCCUGACUGGGUAAUGGUCCCAGAUGAGAAAAGGAAUUUAAGUGAAAUUGCUAAACAGAAAAGCAAGAAAAAGCUGAAGGAGAUGAUGGUCUAUGUGAGAAAUAUUGUUCAAGCAAAGCUCACAUUUUUUGAGAAAACUUUGACAGCUGUGGAAAAGGAAGAAAAGGAAGAAAAGGAAGAAAAAGAAGAAAAAGAAGCUCCACCAGCACCACCAGCACCACCAGUCCCCCCAAAGCCAGACAAGAAAGUCUUCAGUGGGGCGACUACAAAGGUGUCAAAGAUCAGCAUUGGCUCGUCCAGGAUUGAGAAGAAGGUGAUGGAGGAGAAAAAAUCCAUUCAGGAGAGCAGAAGGCAUCACGAGCUGAGUGACGAUCAGAGAGUGUCGUCCCCGUUGGCCAGCAUCCGAACCCCAUCGCCCACCUUCAUCAGCAUUGAAUCCAGAAAGGUGGACUCUCCUCUGAGGGUCACUCCCUCUCCUCCACCCUACAAAUCCGUCGGGACGCCUCCACCUCCUCCUCGCAAGUCCUUCACGCCCACGUCUGCCUUCAGCAGGGCCACGCCCUCUCCCACCCUGAGCCGCUCGGAGAAGCUGAUGAAGCUGAAGGACACCACCUCCAAGCUGUCCCGUGGUGUCACCCCUCCACCUCCCAUGCCGAUCCCAGAGUUCUUCACCGCUGAGCGAGAGCGAACGUCCUCCUUCAGCGACAGGAGCACCCCCACCGAGAGGACCGAGCUCGACUCGGUGGACGUCGCAGAGAUGGUGGAUUCCAUGAUGACGGUCAGGGACAAAAAGUCUUUCUUUGAGGAAGCGCAGAAGGCCGAAGUGAACAAGACGUACAUCCGCAAGGAUCCCAUCGACAUCCCUGAACGUCUGGGCCCGGAUGCUGAGGAGGCUGUAGGGGGCGUGACCAUCGAUAUUCUGAAAGAGGAUCUGCCGAGAGUUGAUUUAUCGAAGCUUGUCAACAGAUUUGAAUCUCCCAAACCAAAAGUCUACACCAGGAAGGACCCCAUAGUGAUCACGGAGAGGCUGGGGAGCGACACCGAGGACCCAGAGGCCGAGCCGCACACGCCACGAACCGAAGACAUCCCAACGUUCAACGUCAAAGCCAUAAAGGACGUGUUUGAGACGGGAGAGCACACGUCUCAGGCUGCCCGAGAGCUGAGAGAACAAAUAGAGAGGAGGGAACCUGAAGCAGCCUGCUCAGAGCCGGCCGAUCGCUCUGAAAUGACAUCAGUCACUGAGCAAUUCUGCACCAUUGACGACUUCGGCAACAUGACAACGGAGACGAGGAGCGAGAUGCAUUCGGGGAGCUCCCUGACCCGCGGCAGCCCCCCGUCCUACGCAGACGUGGUGAGGGGAAGAGUCCCGACAGUCGCCGUGCCCCCCGAGGCCUCCACCGAGGAGCUGCUAAGGAACUUCCAGCAGUCGUGGGCUGAGAGUCAGGGAGUGUUCCAGAACCUGGGCUUCAGCGUCACGGAGCAGAGGACCUCACAGAUCGUAACGCACCAGCAGGAGACGGUGGUCACGGAGAAUUCGAGUUCCAGACUCGGAGCUGUGCCGGGUGUGUCGGAAGAGGGUGUACCCCAUGGAGUCGCUGAUCGCAGACAAACAAAACUUUCAUAAAAGCUGCUUCCGCUGUGAACACUGCAGAGGCACACUAAGCCUCGGCAACUACGCCUCUCUCCAUGGACGAAUGUACUGCAAGCCCCACUACAAGCAGCUGUUCAAGUCCAAAGGGAAUUACGACGAGGGAU